AUGAAGUCUGUUUCUGUCCUUCUCUUCACGGCCGGCCUGGUGUCCGCUGUGGCUGUUCCUGUUCAGCUGGCUGAGCGAGCGGUUCUUCAACCCCUUCCCGGUCUUACCGCCGUCGAAGAUGAUCUGGAAAAGCGAGGCUUGGGCUUUGUAGAGCUGAUGGCGAGACAGGAGGCUGCUCAAGGCGAACGCCCAUCUAGCGCUGCUCCCGCCGCUGCAUCUACAACGGCUGCUGCAGAAGCUCCUGCCGAAACACAAAACAACCAGGACCAAAACAAGGACCAAAACAAGGACCAGAACAAGGAUCAAAACAAGGACCAGAAUAAGGAUCAGAACCAGAACCAGAACCAGGACCAGAACAAAGAUCAGAACAAGGACAAUAAGGGCCAGAAUAACAACAACAACAACAACAACAAAGAUAAUAAAAAUAAUAACAAUAACAAGGAUAAUAACAACAACGACCAGAAUAACAAUAACAACAAUAACGACCAGAAUAACAACAACAAUAACAACAACAAUGGAAACAGGAACGACGAUAUUAACCAGAUUAUCCAGCAGGGCCUUCAGGGCAAUCUUUUCCAAAACCUCUUGACCCCUUCCAUCACUGCCAUCAUCAACCAGAUGGGAAUUGGUCAAAGCUUCAACUUUGGGGCUAUCCAGAACUUGAACUUUGCCAACCAGAUUCUUGUGCUCAACCAGCUUCAGCUGGUGCAGGGCUUUGCUCAGUUUGGUGUUGUUCCGAGACAGCAGGUUAUUGCUGUCCUCAACAAUGGAUUCGUAAGCAACGGUCUCAACGUCGGUGAGUCUUUAUCUACCGUAAUGAAAGGCACAAAAACACGCGGCUAA